CACACACACUUCUUGCGUGUAGCUUUGGCAGCGCAAGCGCGAGAAUAACAAUAAGAUUAAAGUUUCUCUCGCCACAAGCACGGAACAAAUUGACCACUUGGUUGUGAUUCUUUGUGACCACCAAGCGCCGUCCUGCAAGAUGAACGCUUUUUACGUCACAGUGUCCAUCCCGUUGCUCCUAGUUCUCGCUGGAUUUAACCACGCUCACGGGCUCACAACUUUCGGCAAAUCAAAUCCACAAAACCAACAACCCAAUAAUCCUUUUGUGAAAGCUAAACAAUGCACGCUACAGACAAAUUGCAGUUUAAUCAAGAACACCACUUGUUUGCGAGGAGUGUGCCUCUGUGGUGAUAAUCAUCCUCCUAACAAUGGAGAGUGCUCGGCUCAAUUGCAAGGUCCUAAUCAUAUAUGUUCGAAAAAUGAGGAUUGCGUAGAUAACGCUGAUUGUAUUCCAAUGAAGGAAGUUAAUAAAGUUCCCAAGGAAAUUUCACAUUUAAGCUUAACUCCAGAUUUGAGCAUUUGCAGAUGUCAAGAAGGGUAUACUGAAAUUGGGGCAACUUGUGGUGGUGAAAAACUGUUGAGCACUGUACCAGUUAUGCUUAUAGCUGUAGUAAUCUUCAAAAUAUUUAAUUAAUUCGAUAAAAUGCCUUUUUUAACUUUAAUAAAAAUCAUAUCAAACGCACAUCUACUAUUGUGUCUUUAAUUUGUAAGCUUUAUAAUAUCAUUUAUCACCCAUACUCCAUAAUUGUUUUUUUGUAAAAAAUCACAAAACGAUUCAGAAUAAAAAAAAAAGAUUUAGAUAUAGGGAAUUCUCAUGAAUGUACUCCUAACAUUAUUCACAUUCUUCUAAAUGCAAUUCACAUUUAUAUAGUGUGUCUUAAUUUUAUAUAAGUCACAGCUGAUAUAAUAUCUAAGAAAUUUUAUAAUAUUACCCAGCUUCUUAUAGAUCACACGUUAUUUUGUAAAUCAAAUUUAUAUUUUAGGCCAUUAAAGUGAUUUAAUCUGUAAAAAUAUAUAUUUGUGUUAUCGUAUAAUAUAGUAACUUUAAUCUUAGGAAAAACGACAGUACAUUUUGCGAAUCUACAAACAAAUAGAUUCAAAUAAUUGGUGAGAAUAAAUAUAACUGUCAAUAUACCAGUGGCGUAUUCAUGGGCGCCGGAAGAAUGAAAUUUAGGGGGGCAAGGUAAAAAUGAAUAAAAAAUUUACAUUUU